AUACGUAACCUUAUUAAAAACAAUCGUACGUGCCGGUUCACAAAACCCCGACAAAGUGUACCAUUCAUAAAAUCCAUUCCAACAAAGUCCAGAAGUAUCGUUCGUCUAGGGCAAUGCAAGGUUUCAAAAGUACCACGUUGUUUGUGGUUAUUCUGUUGGUUUCAACGUCGUUACCCUUUCUCGAGGGAGCUAGAUCUCGAGAUGACUGCCGUUGUCUGACUGCGUCCGAGCUGAACGCUGGCGACUUCGUUUUGAAAGAAAACUUGGAGGRAGACAUCGAAUCCCUGGUGACUCAGGUUGGGCUUGCGAAUGGCAUUGCCGAUGGCAACGCMACCGAAAGCUUCCAAAACGAGUACGGAAUUGGAUGCAAAGCCCACGACGCCGGCUUAUCCGAGUGCGGAGCCGCUGGAAAGCCUGGAGAAUGGUGUGACUACGAAUGGUGUUAUGUGGACAAUGGCUGCAAAUUGGAUUUCGAACCCAGCCGCAUCUUCAAGAAACGCUCCUACUCUUACGCUGCGUGCGGAUUCAUCGACGAAUCCGAUCGUGGCCCUACUCUAUUGAACGGAAUGGUCCUGCAGGGGGUCAUCCAUGAUAACCACCGCGGGGUCGAGGGAACCGAGUGUGAAGACAAAGAUAAUCCGACACAAACGACAUGCCAUGGAACAACUAUGGAUCUGGCACGUUACCUAGUCGAAGAACCCACGUUGAACAUUACGAUUAACUUCACCAGCGUCCCGGAAUGGAUAAAAGAUAGGGCAGAAUCAUACGGACCGUUUGUUGAAAACCUCGAAAACAUGGACCACGGUGCGUGCGUUUACGCCGCCUCUCUGGGUGUGGUCGAUAUCUGCAUCGGGGCCUUCACGAAAAAUCGCCAGCGGACUAUGGCUUCUUCGUUUCUGGAGAUGGGGGUCACCGCCGAAUACCUGGUUGUGCAUGAACACACUGAGCAACUGAGUGUAAUGGAUAAGGUUAAGUCCAUUUUCGAACCCUUUUCUCCGGCAUUGUGGGGCAUGACCUUCUUAGUGUUUUCCUUUCUGGGAUUUUUGCUCAUGCUCCAAGAAGUUUCAUGGGAGACAUUGAGGGAGAAACCCUCGGCGAAUGUUAAAAUGUCUUUGUACGGUUCCGUUAUGGCGUUUUUUGCCAGGAGACCCGGUCCCUAUUGCAGUGACAAAGUAACUUCUUGGGGCGGUCGGCUCACGACGUUGGCGAUUUGCAUCCAGAUUCUUCUGUCGGGAGCGGCCUAUGGCGCCCAGCUCACUACUCUUUUGGUCCGUUCAGGAUUUUCGGUGACCAUCGAGAGCAUCGAUGAUGUCAUGCUAUAUAAGUUCCCCAUUUGCGUUUUGCGGAACAAAAUCAAAGUGUUGGACAAUGCUUAUGGAGACUCCAGAUUCAAUUAUGCAAUUAACCGUACGUUUCUGUUAUUGUUCCUCUCUGUUUUGUUUUGAUUUGAAGUGGACAGGGAUUGGAAUCAUUUUUUGUUGAUGUAGUUUGAUCCCUCAUUUGUUUUUCCGUUGUUUUUCUCACGGACCACCGCAAUGGAAUAACACUACUUUCUCUCCUUUCAUUAUGAAAAACGAACCAACAAACGAACAGCCGAAGACGGCUUGCCUGGUUUCAACAACCGGACAGAACUCCUCCUAGCCAUGGAUAAAGGACUUUGUGAUUGCCUCCUGGCGGACGAGCAUGUCAUGGCAGCGCAUUACAGCAUGGGCUCGCACUGCGACAAAAUCAUCGUCGGAAAGCCGGUCAUUGAGCUGCCGUGGGGUUUACCGGUGUCGACCAACUACGCAGCCCCUCUGAAUACCGCGGUGACAAGAAUGAUGCAGAGGGGAAAGUGGCGAGAUAUCAUGGAAGAUGCCGAACCCGAAAACAUCUGUCCAGAAAAGGACAUAAAYMCUAAGACGACACCGUUUGAGAUACACAACAUGCUCGGAGCCUACGUUCUGUCCGGUGUCAUAGCGGCCACUGGAAUUGUGAUCAGCCUCUGGAGUUAUUUCAGGAAGAGGUCCCGCGGCCGUUCCGAUUUGAAAGAACUACCAUCCGAAGGAAAUGGCGACGAAGGAGAACAAACACUGGCACAUAUGGAAUACGGCAGCACAAGCAACACUGAUUAUCACCAUCUCCAGAGCGCUAUGUCCGGCCUCAUGGCGGAGAUUGCCGGCCUCAAAGCCACAAUGAUGGAAGCAAAGGAGGAAGCUGCAAAGAAGAAGGAUGUUUAAUCCAUUGCUUGUCGGGCGGCCAGGGUUAGCUAAGAAUCAGGCAAAGAACAAUUAUGCGAGAGGAUUUGAUACUCGUCUGAGUUAGAUAGUGAACAUAAAUUGGAAUCUUGAAU